CUCACUACAUGCCGCCGAGUCAAUGGCGAUCGGAGAAGAAGAAGGCCACAACCAACUCGUACAGCACGCUCACCCAGCACGCGCGCAGGCGCCAUAUAUACAGCUCCGCAUCCACUCUGCCCGCCUCAGCGACAGGAGCGACCUAGCUGCCUCUGCUCUGCUCUUGCAUGCCCGCCCGCCGCCCUGCUGCGAGAGAGGAAGUUUGAUUAGCUCCGGUCUGAACGGCAUGGGGAGGUCACCGUGCUGCGAGAAGGAGCACACCAACAAGGGCGCCUGGACCAAGGAGGAGGACCAGCGCCUCAUCGCCUACAUCCGGGCCAACGGCGAGGGCUGCUGGCGCUCGUUGCCCAAGUCGGCGGGCCUGCUCCGCUGCGGCAAGAGCUGCCGCCUCCGCUGGAUGAACUACCUCCGCCCCGACCUCAAGCGCGGCAACUUCACCGGCGACGAGGACGAGCUCAUCAUCCGCCUCCACGCCCUCCUCGGCAACAAGUGGUCUCUGAUCGCCGGGCAGCUGCCGGGCAGGACGGACAACGAGAUCAAGAACUACUGGAACACGCACAUCAAGCGCAAGCUACUCUCCCGCGGCAUGGACCCGCACACGCACCGCCCUAUCACGGCCGACGGCGCCAACGCACCGUCGUACCGCCCGGCGCCGCCGCAGAACAUAGCAGUGCCGACUAGGGCGCCCGCCACGAUGUUCGCCCUGACGACGAAGAAAACGCCAUCUUCGCCGGCGCCGGUCGAGUCCUCGCCCUCGGACGGCGGCAGCAGCGGCGCCACGAGCAUGGGCGAGCCGCGGUGCCCCGACCUCAACCUCGACCUCUCCGUCGGCCCGCCGGCGGCCGACACGCCCACUUCGCACUCGCAGCAGCCGGUCUGCCUCUGCCACCACCUCGGCUUCCGCGGCGGGGAGGUGUGCAGCUGCCGCCAGGCCGACAGCGCGGCCUGCAGAUAUUUCAGGCCGUUGGACGAAGGCCAGUACAUAUGAGAUCGACGACACGGCUGCACC